AUGUGCAAAUUACAGGCAACCCAACAAAAGCCGCUUCUGAAGAAGAAAGGACCGGAGCUGCUGCACUUGAGAAUUUUUGGUAUCAAAAAAGAAAAAAAAUUUGUACCAAUUAAGAAAACUCAAUUUGAGCCCUCCUCCCUCUUCCCAGCUCCGGCGUCCCCAGAUUGGAGCCCACCCGAGGGCCCCUCUCCCGCCCCCCCAGCCCAGCCACCCAGCCAGAACAUCAGCCCCGGGGGGCAAACCAGCCCAGCCUGCCUCCCACCAGCCCAGCCCUGCCAGAGCCCCUCAAAGCAUGAAUCUCUUCUGAUUCCUGGGAGAGCCAUCAUCUUGCCAUCAUCUUGGUACUCCCACCUCCUAGCCAUCAUCUUGCUACGGCUCACAACCUGGAAGUCCCGCUCUUGUGCGGGGAUUUCAGGGAAGAGCCAGGUCCUGUUUGCUGUGGGGUUCACUGCCCGGUACCUGGACCUCUUCACCAACUACGUCUCGCUGUACAACACGUGCAUGAAGGUGGUCUACAUUGCCUGCUCCUUCACCACAGUCUGGAUGAUUUGCAGCAAGUUCAAAGCCACUUAUGAUGGGAACCAUGUCACAUUCCGAGUGGAGUUCCUCGUUGUUCCCACGGCCAUCCUGGCAUUCCUGGUCAACCAUGACUUUACCCCUCUAGAGGCCCUCCGGACCUUCUCCAUCCACCUGGAGUCGGUAGCCGUCCUGCCACAGCUGUUCGCGGGGAGCAAGACGGGCGAGGCAGAGACCAUCCCCAGCCACUACCUGUUUGCUCUGGGCGUCCACCGCACGCUUUCUCUCUUCACCUGGCCCUGGCGCUACACCGAGGGCUUCUUCGACCUCACUGCCAUCGUAGCAGGCCUAGUCCAGACUGUCCUCUACUGCGAUUUCUUCUACCUCUACAUCACCAAAGUCCUGAAGGGGAAGAAGCGGAGUUUGCCUGCGUAGCCCUGGGCUCGGCCAUCCCUCUCCUCGGCAGCC